AUGAUCCCCCCUUAUGGGAAAAUACACGUUUCUCUGUCAAACGAGUAUGUUGAAUUUUACGAAGAAAAAAGUUUAAAGGAGCCAAACAAUUGUAAAGGGAAAGAAAAUGACCUAAAAUUAUCGUGUGAAGAGGAGGAGUCCACCACCGUCGGGUGCACUCGGGAUGACGUAUUCGUCGAUGGACAUACAGGGGAGAAAACAUUUAGGGAAACGAAUCAGCAGAGUGGAUGCCACCAUGCCGGUUUGGGUAAAUACCAUUUGGGAGGUGGAAAAGGGGGGGACGCGUCGCCGGAGUUAACCUCCGCCGGUGUGAGCAGCAGCGAGACUGAGAAGAGAACACCCCAGGUGGAGGUGCAAACGGGUUUGCUCGUGCCGCCUGCGCAGCACGGAGGUACGGAACCGUUGAGGGGGGUUGGCGGCGUUGCAAGCGGUGAUGGUGUCCGUGAUGGUGCUCGCGAUGGACGUGCCAGCCCGGGUGACGGAUCCCCGAACCAAGUGAACUGCAAAAGCAGGAGGGCAACCACCCCCACGGUCCGACUGAAAAGUUUCAAAAAAAUCUUUAACAGGACAUUCAGUAAAUAUUACUUUAUUGGAAAGCCGUUUAAGAGGUACGUGAAGGUGAUAAAAAGUGCCUCACAGGAAAAAGUGAAAAAACGCGCCAGUAAAAAGGGUAGUACAGAUGGGAUAGCCACAUCGAAGAAGGGAGGAGCGGUGGCAUGCCAUGGGGAGGAGAAAUGCCCUGAUAAGAGGCUGGAUGCGGCAUCCUCGGAGAGCGGCAAAAGGAGAAGCGACGCCACAAUGGGGGGGGAAGCACACGCUGAGGGGAACAUCCCCCCAGUGAAAAAAUGCGUCCAUCAGAUGCUGCUGCGCCCCCCAAAGGUGCGCUUAACAAAUCGGGGGAACGUCGUGUUGUCCAAGAUGAUAACGAAGGAGAGCAUCUCCAAAGGGAAGGUGAAAAGGGUGAAAAAGGUGGACAAAAUGAAAAUCGCAAAAAAGGUGGAAAAAGUGAAAAAGGUGAAAAUCAUAAAAGGGAAAGGAAGGCCCGCCGAUAUGAAAACCCAAAGCAGCGUUGACGAGGAUGCAGGUCAGCAGAUUGGCCAAGACAAAUUCCACACGCGUGAAACCUCGGCGGUGGCCAUUCAGAGGACUAAGCUCCUUGUGCAUGGGGAGAAGUGCAAAUCGAUGGGGAAACCGGUAGUUAGUGGAAAGGACGAGGUGACAAAUGGAAGGUGUUCGCCCCGAAUGGAAGGCGACAGCAUGCGGGGGGACACAGUGGAGAGUCUUAAAAAGGAGAAGAAGAAGAAAAAAAAGAAAAAGAAGGGCACCCCCGAGGGGUACAGCACAAUCGGCGGUGGGGGAUACAAAUUUGGUGAAGUCAGCCCAGGUGAGGCCCACUUAACGGGGAAACGCCCGAUGGAAGACAAACCGAACGGACACGCGGCGAUGAAUGUGCAGACCGUUCCUGAGAAGGCACACCAGGAGAAGCUUCCUUCCUUGCAAAAAGCGCAACGAGAAAGUGGACAUCAUGGCAAAGAGGGGGGAAGGACGGCAGCCCCCAAUGGAGCCACUUUGCAAAAUGAAGAGCAGAGGUACAACAAAGGUGUACGGGAGAAGGGAGAACGGGAAGGCGUGGCGAUAAAACCAGGGGGGGAGCGAAAAAAAAAGAAAAGAAGCGGAGGUGCUAGUGGCAAUGCCAGUGGUAGCGUCAAUCCGUUUGGAAGUUGCAGUGGAUGGGGCAGUGAGGAGGGCGAGGCGGGGAGGCGGGGCGAGCUGAACCUGAGCGAAUACCGCAUCCUGAAGGAGAUAAAAACCAAGCAGAGCAACGAAGUGGUGCAGCUUAAUCUGGACUCGUCCUUCUUCGUGUCAAAGGGCGCGGGCCUGUACAACUACGGGCAGAACAUCUGCUUCUUUAACAGCAUCAUACAGACCAUUGUGAGGAUCCCCUACAUCUGCAAAGACCUGUUAAGCAAAUUGCACUCUUUAAAUUGUGAAAAAAAAAAGGUCCGCGUGUUUUGCUUCUACUGCCUGUUCGAACAGUUCGCCUGCAAUAUUAUGUCCAAAAAAUGUGGAAUAAAAAAUAUGCUCAUCCCGUAUAUAAAAAAAUACAUUUGUAAUAACUACAUUGUUGGCUACCAGGAGGAUGUGCAUGAGUAUCUGCGUUACUUCCUCUGCUCGCUGGAGAAGUCCUCCUUCUCUUCCUCCAUUUAUAUUCAAAAAAUGUUCACCGGGGUGACCAAAAAUAUAACCAUAUGCACCAAAUGCAACAACGUUUCUUUGAAAUAUGAGCAGUAUUAUGAGCUUUCCCUGGAUAUUAGCUCAUCCAACAAUUUGGAGGAGGCGCUUCGGAAAUAUCUGUCGAAGGAGACCCUCAUGGGGGAUAAUGGCUACUACUGUGAUAAAUGCAGGAAGAAAAAAAAAGCCACGAAACAGUGUGUUAUUAAUAAACUGCCAAGGGUACUGACCAUCCAAAUUAAAAGAUUUUUUAUGAACUCUAAAUAUAAUGUUGUUAAAAAUCACAAGCAUAUUUCGUAUCCUUUGUACCUCGACAUGAAGGGCUACGUUAACAGCUACGAUAUGUUUCAAAAUGAUUUUAACAAUAAUGUGAUAGCGCUCUACGAGAAGGUGAACCCGGGCACGGGGGGGGGGAGCGGUCAGGGAGGCGGUCAGCCAAGCGGUCAGCCAAGCGGUCAGCCAAGCGGUCAGCCAAGCGGCCUAGGGAAUGAUCGACGAAGCGGCGUAGGAUCUGACCAACGAAGCGGGCCGCGCACCGCGCGCCCCAACCCGCACGUGCUCAACCAAAUCGCGCACAUCUUCGCCGAGCUGAAAAGGGAAGUGUGCAGGAGGAAAAUCAAGAACCAGCUCACCCCCGCGGAGCUCAGAAGCAUCAUCGUGGAAACGAAGAAGCGAAUCGUAAAGGAGCUCAACAAAAUAAAGUUCUCCAAAUUUUACAACGACAUCCUUUUGAGCAUAUCGAAGGACAUCGACACGCUGUACUGCUACAUGCGGGCCAACGCGAGCAGGAAGCACUUCAGCUUGAAGGGCGCCCUUUUCAACUUCAAGGUGGAGUUCCUCAAUGGGGAGGAGCACCCGCCCCCCGAGUGCGAACCGUGCAGCGGGGAAAGUGGCAGUCGAGGGGAAGGAAGCAGGCUCAGCGAUGGAAGCAGGCUCAUCGAUGGACACAAGUUUAACGAUCGAAGCAGGCUCAGCGAUGGAACCCAGUUUGGCGAAAAAAGGGAGCACCCACCGCACAGCGCUAAGAAUCACCCCAACCAAAGAAGCGCAAGCUACUUCUCAUACGAAUUAACGGGCCUCAUUAAGCACAUCGGCUCGGGAACCGAAUACGGGCACUACGUAGCGCUGACCAAAUCCAACAAUAACAUCUACCUCCUCUGUGAUGACAAUAACAUUUCAUACAUAAACAAAAAGGAGGUCCUAAACUGCGUGAAAAAUGCCUACGUUUUUAUCUACACAUGUAUCCACCCAGGCUUCAUCGAUUUUUAUAACAAAUAUGUAGAUGUCUUGGAAAAAAAAAAGUUUAACAUUAACCUGCCCGUAUUUGAGAAGCGAGUCGAAUUUAAGGAGCGCAUAACUAUGCCCAAGCAGAAGUUCAUCAGUCGGUCUCUCCAUUUUUGAGAGCCUGUGUGGUUCAUUCCCGAGUGGGAGUACCUUCCAAGUGGCGGGCAGAAGCGACUGUUGGGAGGGGCACGGAGGAGGCUCCCCUGUGCGAAGCCACGAUCACGUUAAAGGUUACGUCAAAAGAGGAGCAAAUGAUGUGACUAACCAACCAGCGCCAUGGCAAUGUAGUCAAUCGUACCGCCAUGUACAUAUUCGGGAAAAGGAUGAAAAAAAAAAAAAAAAAAUCCUCCUUAUCGACCCUCAGAUUGAUGACAAGUUAUUAACCCCCUCCAUUUUGCUUCCCACCCCUGAGUGAAAUCCCCCAAUUGAGGCACAAAAAAGUCCCUCAGCCGAAUUACCAUCAUUUUAUGCCCCCAUCCCCCAAAGGACGACCAAGUUGCAUCCUGUCCACCUCCCCCUACGCAUGUGCGUGUUGCGGACCCCCUUCGCCUACCCCCCAAAUAACCAGUCCUUUUUGCUACGCUCGGGAAUCGUUUUUUCCCCGUUUGAUGAUGAAUUUUUUAUACCUUUUCGGGAACGUGGGCGGUUUCACUUAUCCCCUUUUGCAUCUCCUCGUGGUUGGCACCUCUCCCCUCGCUGCUCCUACCUGUCCACUUCACCUUUUUCGCUUUUUUUUUUUGUUCUGCGUAAUUUCCCAAUUUGUUAACCCAUUUCAUCAUAUCCUUAUUUG